AUGUCGUGCGGCUCACGAGAAGCUAUCGUCUUUAGCAUGGGACUCGUCACUGGAACGGGCACUACUUUAACUGGCAAGAUUUUGUAUGGUGUGGAUUCAAUUGGCCUUGAUGGAGAAGUGAAAAAGUUUGAAAAGCCCAUUUUUCAAACCUGGCUUAUGUUCCUAGCCAUGGUAUUUGCACUGCCUAUUCACUGGGCAUAUCAUUACUACGUCGAGCAACAGUGGCGUCGAAAUAAUCGUCAUGGUAUGAAAUACCGUUUCCGAAUUCCACGGAAAAUGUAUUAUUUGCUAGCAUUUCCAGCAGCUUUCGACCUGAUUGCCACGUUUGUUGCCAAUCUUGGUCUUCUAUAUGUCACAGUCAGCGUGUUUCAGCUUAUGAAAUGCACCGUUAUUGUCUUUGUGGCAUUACUUAAGGUAUUUGUUCUGAAAGAUCGGUUACGCAGUUACAUGUGGAUUGGCAUUGCUCUUAAUAUGCUCGCAGCAUUGAUGGUGGGUGCUACGAGCCUAGCAGACUCUGAUAGCCAAGAAAAUAACUCGACUGAUCAGCAUCCAGCAUUUGGGGUAUUAAUGGUCGUUUUAAGCUGCGCAAUUCAGGCUGUGCAGUACGUUUUUGAAGAAAAACUUAUGGAUGAAGUUGACAGUGCACCUCCUCUAGUAGUUGUGGGUAUGGAAGGCGUGUGGGGCUUGAUACUGACGUCGUUCGUUGUGUACCCCAUUGCAUAUUUGAUUCCUGGCAACGAUUCAGGCUCAAACGAGAGAUUUGACGAUGCGUAUGAGAUGCUCGUGAACAGUGGACUGGCUCAAGUGGUCGUCCUUAUCUAUUUGCUCGUGAUUCUAGGAUACAACGUCUUUGCUGUCUCGGUUACAUAUUUGCUCAACUCGAUUUGGCAUGCGAUUUUGGAUAAUUUCCGUCCAAUUACCGUAUGGGCAGCCGAUUUGAUACUGUUUUACGUCAUUACGCAUGGAGAUUUCGGUGAACGCUGGACGAUCUGGAGUUGGUUGCAGCUUGUGGGGAUGUUGACGUUAUUAUUGGGUACGGCAGUCUACAACGGCACUUUGCGUCUACCUGGAUUCGUCUACUUGGAACCGCUGGAUGAAGCAAUGACUUUGAUUCGUACCCCAGAAGCACUCACUACAUCCGCGUUCUCACGUUCACCAUUAAUCACGCGCAAUGCUAUGAAAGCGGCUGAAAUUGCACGUCGGACGCCUAACGCCAAUGAUCGCGACCGUGUGAGACGUGAGUUCAUGACCGAGUACCAACCACUGGCUGACGCUGAAUCGCGGCGACGUAUUGAUCCGGCGGGACACACGUACGGAUCGCUUGAGACUUAA